GAGAUUUGCCUUAUUUCCAUUGAGGUAUAUCUCCCCUAAUUUUACUGCAGGCGGUAAAAAAUGAAGGCAGUACUUUCUUUCUUGGCUUUACUUGGCGCUGCUGUCUGUGUUUAUGCUGGAGGUUACGGUGGAGGACACUAUGGUGGUAAAACAGUAGCAUACCCCCAUUAUCAACAGUACCAGCAAUUUUACAGACCAGCCUACGCCCAAUAUUCCCAAUACUACGCUAAACCAGCUUAUGCCCAAUUACAGUACGUACAGCCAUCAUACGUUGCAGUAGGCGGUGGUCAAGGUAUCGGCUUUGGAGGCGGAUCUGGAAAUCUUUUUGGCGGAUCUAAUACUGGCUCCAUUAUCCCAAUCAUCAUAAUAUUUGUAUUGUUGGCCAUCUUUGCUCCAUUAUUGAUUGCCUCCCUUGCGUCGAGCAACGAGGCUUUCUAUGAUUCCGUGGGUAGUUAGAAAGUAACAGGAAGAAUAGGAAAGGGGGAAAAAUCAGUUCUUUUUAUACCGACUGCCUGUAUCAUGUAUUAAUUUACAAAUAAAUAUUUAGCAUUC